GGGCCGGGGCGAGCCGGGGAGGGGCGCUGCUGUCCCGCUGAGUGUGAGCUCCUCCGCCACUCUUCUCCCGCGCACCUUUGGGAAUGUGGAUCCCGGACUCCAGAGACCGCAGUUGAGCCAGCCUCGGCAGUCCUAGAACGCUUGCUGAGGAGUAGGAUCUUGCGGACGUAUCCGAGACCAGAUCAGGAGCCGACUAGGUCUGCCUGGGCUUAUGGAGACCUCCCAAUGAUCAGAUGUCCCAGCAGCUGGCCAGGAGCUUUUGUUGAUCACAUCCUCAGGUGUCCCCCUACCAGCGACCAUAGCUAAGCUCUGGAAUGUGCUCAGAAUGAUGGCUAAUAAGGAUUUAGAAGCUGAAAUCCACCCCUUGAAGAACAGGGACAGAAAACCACAGGGAAACCUGGGAAACCAAUCGAAAAACGAACCUGACUCGAAGAGCAAGCCUCUGCAGGCCCGACUGUCCCGAUGCCGCACCGUGGCGUUUUUCCUCUCCUUGUUUACCUGCCUCUUCGUGGUGUUUAUCGUCUCUUUCAUCAUCCCAUGUCCAGAACGACCUCCGUCGCAGGCCAUGUGGAGGCUUGACUACAAUGCUGCAGUCACGUAUGAUUUUCUGGCUAUGAGAGACAUAAACAAGGACAAGAUCCAGGACGUUCUCUUUCUUUACAAAAACACCAACGGCAGUAACAAUUUCACCAGAUCCUGUGCUGAUGAAGGCUUUUCCACUCCCUGUGCCUUCGUGGCUGCUGUGUCAGGGGCCAAUGGCAGCGUGCUCUGGGAGAGGCCUGUGGCCCAAGAUGUCACCCUUGUGAAGUGUGCCAUGCCACAACCAUCAGACGAUGAGUUGUCUUCUGCCUGUAUCCUUGUGGGAGGACCAGGUUCUUUCAUCGCAGUCAGCUUGUUCACAGGGGAAACCCUAUGGAGCCAUUCCAGCAGCUUUGGUGGGAAUGCGUCCAUCCUGAGCCCUCUGCUUCAGGUGCCUGACGUCAACAGUGAUGGUACCCCAGACCUACUAAUCCUCGCCCGGGAGGGACAGGAGGUCAGUGGAGCUAUCUAUUCAGGCAGCACCGGGAACCAGAUUGGUCACAGAAGCAGCCUUGGUGUGGAUACAGACGGUGUCGCCCUCCUUCACGUGACCAAAACGGGUGCUCACUAUGUUCUCCUGCCCUGUGCAAGUGCUCUCUGUGGCUUCUCUGUGAAGAGUCUCUAUGAGAAAGUGACUGGGAAAGAAAGCCAGUUUAAGGAGGACUCCUACUGGGAGAACAAGCUCAAUCGCUCCGCCAACCGGAGGCUUCUGCACAGCACUGGAGCAGUUCGCUACCUGAUGAACGUCCCAGGGAAAGCUGGCCAGGACCUGCUACUUGUGAGCUCGGAGGCCUGUAUGUUGCUGGAUGGACAGGACCUGGUGCCCAGGUGGACCCUUGAUGCAGCUCAGGUUCUGAGAAAGCCCAUCCUUGGCCACUACAAACCAGACACCUUGGCUGUGGUCAUUGAAAAUGGAACCAGCACUGACAGACAGAUCCGGCUUCUGGACCUCAGUACUGGAUCUCUCUUGUGGAGCCAGUCCCUCCCAAGCCUGCCUGGGGGCCCACCAUCCACAAGCCUGAUGACUGCAGACCACCGCUCAGCCUUCUUCUUCUGGGGCCUCCAUGACCUUGUGAGCACUAAUGAGAUGGAUCCCCAAGACGUGCCACACAGCCUGUUUAUGUUCCACCCCACCCUGCCCGGCGUCCUGCUGGAGCUAGCUAACGUGUCCGCCAACAUCGUGGCCUUCGACGUGAUCCUGUUUGAGCCAAGCCGCCAUGCUGCCUAUGUGCUCCUGACGGGCCCAGCAAGCUCAGACACCCCCGGCCUGGUCUCUGUGACCAAACACAAAGUGCGAGACCUUGUCCCAGGCAGUAGAGUGGUCCACCUGGGCGAAGGCAGCUCAGACAGCGACCAGGCUAUCCGGGACCGGUUCUCCCAACUACGGUACCGGAGUGAGUAGGUGGUGUCAGCUGGAGCACAUGGAGAGACUCCAACUGUGAAAACAAAGCCUCCUGGGAAGUUGCCCUGCCCUCAGCCUUCAUGCUGACCUCACCGCUUGGCCCUCUGGGAGCUAUGGCCUUACCAGUCACAUACAAGGAUGUUGGGGGGAGGACCUCCAGCCUCCUGCCUGGACCAUGCCCUCCCUGAAAGAUCUCACUGUGUGUCCCAUGUGAUCUGGUCAAGGCCAGUAAGCCUCCAUGUGGUCUCCCUGGGCCAGUACGGGUAGGUCAACCCCGCAGGCAGCUCAUCACUUAGUGCCUCCUUACCCUCUCACUGGAAAAGCCACUGCUGCAGAGCAUACUGCUCCCUAGGCUCUGUCUCUGAUGUCCGCCCCUCUCCCUCCAGCCGGGCUUUUCCUUUGUCUGCACUGCCCCUCAGGGGUCAUAAAGCUCCGAUGGUGGUGGGCCCUGGGUUGCUUCAGGGCCGCAGCUGGAACCUGAGAAGCUGCUUCCUUAUAGCAGAAGGGGAGUGUCUCCCAGAAAGCGAGGGAUGUGGAGUCUGACUGGGCAGAAGGGAGCCCGUCCUGGAGCCCACGGGUACAUAUGAGAGAUGUACAGAAUGCACACUGAGUCAGUCUCUUCCCUCAGUACACUGGACCUGCUGUCCGUCCCCCCCCACCCCCCCCACCCCACGGCACAGCAGGCAUGUCCCUUUCCCUACUCUCUGGUGCUUACCUGAUGCAGGUCUCACCUUGUGCCUUGUUGCUUCUGAGGCCCAAGGGCAACAGAGCAACCCUGCCCAGACCAGAUCCCUAGCUCUGUAGCCAAAGCAGUCCCUUGACCACAGCCACCAUGGAAACCACCAUAAUAAAUGAUUUGCACUGACGGGGGAAAGCCCCAGCAGCCCAGCGUGA